AUGCAACGUACCAACUUAACACCAAAACAACUGCACCAACACCCUCCACCUCUCAACAACAAUAUGGAAUACAUGGGAACCGCCGCUGCCGCCACUACAACUUCUGCUCCUCCACCACAAGUCAUUGUUAGUCCUUGUGCUGCAUGCAAAAUCCUACGGCGAAGAUGUAUUGAGAAAUGUGUGUUAGCGCCUUAUUUUCCGCCGAGUGAACCAGUGAAGUUCGCCAUGGCUCAUAAAGUAUUUGGGGCUAGUAACAUCAUCAAGUUAUUGCAGAGAGUUCCUGAAAAUCAAAGAGCCGAUGCUGUUGACAGCAUGGUUUAUGAAGCCAAUGCAAGAUUGAGAGAUCCAGUUUACGGCUGUGCCGGCGCCAUUUGUCAACUUCAGAAGCAAGUUAUCGAGCUCCAAACAGAGUUGGCAAAGGCUCAUGCACAAAUCUUGAAUAUGAAAUCCUAUGAAAUUACCAAUUCUGCAGAAUUCAUUCCAGGAGAAAUGUUGCAGUAUCAAGAAACCCUAACCACACAGCAGCCAUAUGAUAAUUUAAGCAGCAGCAGCUUCUUUGAUGACGACUACCAGAGCGUGGCUAAUUGGGAACCCCGCUGGUACUGA